AUGCAGGCGGCUGAGGGCGCCGCCUCCUGUGCGGAAAGAUCGCCCUUGCUCUGGCGAGAGGACGGAAACGAUUCCGGAACGACGGUUAGCCCGCAUCGACACCCUGGCUUGAAGACGGCAGCCAAUUUGCCGCCCAAACCGCGCCGCUCACCCGACGCCCUCACGCGCCUUUCCGUGUGCACCGCGCAGGCCUUGGCGCCGGAGGAGGCCGCCGCGCUGGGGCGCGUGCUGUUGGGGCCCCAAGACGCCGACCUGCCCAUUCCGACCGCCAACUGGCCCCGGCAGGCGCCCGCCCACGGCUCCCUCUUCCACAGCCAGCCCUCCUCCCGCACCCCCAUCCUCCAUGCUCCCUCCAACCACGCCGUGCUCCCCAAACCCGCGCUCUCGGCCGCCCACUCCGGCGGAAUCCAGGCGUUCCUUGAGGCCCCGCGAUACGGGACGGCCCACUACGGCUGCGCCGCGUCGCCAGCGGUUCCGUCUUCUCUGGCUGGCGGGAGAGUGGGCGGGCGGCUGCUCGGGCCGGACGGAUCGCCGGUGCGCAGCCUGGGCUCCCCCGCGCGGCAGUGCCUCUCGCGGCUGAGCGCCUACACCGAAGAGGACUCCCUGCGGGCCGGCCUGGAGGCCCCGGGCCUGAUCAGGCCCCAGGUCGUCAACCCCGUGGCUGGCAUGGGAUCCCCGCUGGGGUCGCCGGCCACAUCACUGGGACUGAAUCCUGGGCAAUCGUUCUGGAGCCCUCCAUCCGCGAAACGGAUUUCGUCGGUCGGGUCGCCCGCGGCGGCUCCCGCGGCGGGGAAGGCGCCCGGGUCGAAUGAAGCCGUUCUUCGGGGCCCGGCGAGGGCGCCCGGGACGAAUGAAGCCGUUCCUUGGGGUCCGGCGAGGGCGCCGAUCGGAAUGCUGGGAUCCGAAAGUGUGCCCGGAGGAGGGACUGACGGGCGAGGGGAGCGGGCAAGGGGCUCCGUGGAGGCAAUGAGAAGAUGCAGGCCCCAGGGGGGGAGGGAGAGGGCCGAGCAUGGCGCUGGGGCGGGAGCGGGCGGGGGGGCCAGGGGGGUGAUGACCGUGGACGGGGUAGCGGGGCAGGCGGGCAGGGGCGGGAGGGCGCGGCACAGGCCCAUCUGGAAGCCGGUCAGAAGGAAGGUGGGCGGCGAGGGCACGCUCAAGUGGAUGAUGCCCAGCGGCACAAGGAAGGUCGGCGAGGGUGUGGAGGACACUUCACAGGGUGUGAUUAAUUGGGAGAUGUCGCCCAGCGGGGGAGUUGUGUUGAGGACCACUCUUCUGGUUGCUGGUUUUAUCGUUGGUCCUGCUGGAAGGGCAGUCCGCAGCAUCAUCGACAGCUCAGGAGCCGCCAUCACGUCCAGAAAGGAGCAACUGCGCGGCGGGCAGGUGUCGCGCGCGUUUUUCAUCGAGGGUUCUUCUGACGCCAUUGCCACGGCGUUGAAAAUAAUCAUGCACGCCAUUCUACGAUACAAACAGCUCGCGGAGGGCGAGUACGAGGGUGAGUAUGAUGGCAGUCGCUGGUGUCCUGGAGAGAAAGUGGCACAGAAGACGGGCCUGAGAUGA